AUGGAUGCUCAACUGGAAUGUGUCUCUGGAUUUUACGGUUAUAAUUGUACCAGUGAAUGUCCUUACCCGCGAUACGGAUGGCACUGUGAAUUUUGGUGCACUUGUCCAAUAUCUGAGUGUAACCACCAAUACGGAUGUCUGCCAACUACUUGGUCUGCAAACAGAGAUGCAGCGAUAAGUACUGUGGAUUAUUUUCUGUCAUCAGAGUCUACGCGUACGGUGAAAGUGAACGAAAAUGGAACGCAAAAGGAAAAUGGUUACCACGAAAAGAAUGAGAUUCCAAGUUCGAAAGAAUGUAUCUGUAACGGUAUGAUGAAUCUUAUUUUUGCGUAUGUUUGGUGUACAACAUUUCUUUUGACGCGGGUGACUGGUGCUGUAAGUUGUUCAAAGGGAAUCAAUGUAGACGGUUCACCAGAAUGCUGCGAAAACUAUUACAAUGUGGGGAACGUAUGUAGAGAGUGUCCCCCUGGAUAUUACGGAAACAGCUGCUCCAGCCCAUGUCCGACACCACUAUAUGGAAUGGGAUGCAAUAUGGCAAUUGUUCAAAAUGUAAUCACAUAUAUGGAUGUGAACAAGUUAUAGAGGCGGGUACAAAUUCUAUGGAUUAUUUCAUAUCCUCAGAGUCUACGGUGAAAGUUACAGAAAAUGUAACACAACAAGGAAAUGGUAACGAGACAUCUAAAUUUCACAUCAAUAUUAUUCUUACGCCAAUAGUAAUAACAUCCGUGACACUAAUAUCCCUGGUGAUAAUACUAAUAGUUAUAGCGGAAAUAUGUAGAUACAAGAAAUUUUCAGGUCUUAGGAACACAAAUAAAGUGUCGUGUAGAACGCAUGAAGUAGACGACAUUUACACAGAAAUUAAUGAGUUCAUGUCUAAUGUAGUUUUACCCGAGGAUGAUGAGAUUACAGGUUCAAAAGAAUGUAUCAGUAAUGGACAUCCACCUUUCACUGAGAUGGAGGAAACCGGAUGUGAAGAAUAUGUUUAUAGCACUGUAUGUAAAGAGAAAGUUCUUCCAAAAGAUAAAAUCAGACCACAACUUAAUGUGAACAGUGUUCAAAAUAGCAAAGAGAAGAAGAAGCAGGAAUCGGAUUUUGACUUACAAAGCAACACAAGCACUGUGAACUGUUUUGGAUUGAAGGAUUUGAGUGACAAUUUUGAUAUCUUUUAUGCUGCUGAUGUUUAUGUAAAUGACAAAACUGAAUCGACGUAUUUUUAAAAUUGCAUGGGAAUUAAAUCAUAUUUAAAUAUCUUAA